GCCAUUUUGACUGACGAUACGCUCGCAAGAGCUUUCAAGUCAGUGUGUGGUAGUAUAGUAAGAGAAGAUAAGAAAUGGAAAAUAACUAAAAUCAAAUGCUAAGGUCAUCAACUCGGAAUUAUUAUACAAAGGAUUGAAUAAAUCGAAUAUCACAAUGAAGAUUUGGACAUCAGAACACACUUUCAACCAUCCAUGGGAGACUGUUGCUCAAGCAGCAUGGCGCAAAUAUCCCAAUCCUAUGAAUCCAGCUGUCAUAGGAACGGAUGUGGUCGAGAGGCGAGUAGUUGGUGGAGUACUGCACACUCACAGACUUGUCAGCUCCAAGUGGUUUUUUCCCCGAUGGGCGCAAGCGAUCAUAGGAACGGCUAAAAUAUGCUAUGCCAGUGAACAAUCUGAAGUCAAUCCCAAUCAGAGGCAAAUGACACUCAAAACAAGAAAUUUAACAUUUUGCCAUUACAUAGCUGUGGAUGAAACAGUGAGAUACACGCCACAUCCCUCAGAUACCUCCAAAACGCUCCUCACACAGGAGGCAGUGGUCACAGUGCAAGGUGUUCCACUGAGUAGCUACAUGGAAGAUCUUCUGGCAAACAAAAUAUCACUGAAUGCAGGGAAAGGACGACAAGCUAUUGAAUGGGCGAUAGGCAAAUUUGACUCGGAGAUAAAGGAACUGGCCAGCACAGCCUGCAAGAGCACCGAUGAGCUGCUGUCACAGACAAAGAAGUCACUUGAUGACAUUACAUCCACUGCACGGAGAUCUAUGGAUGACAUUUCAUCCAAGGCAAAAAGGUCUCUAGAUGAUAUCGAAAAAUUCACGAAAGCAAAUGCUAGCCAACGCAGCUGAAAAGAUGAGUGAAGGGACCUUUAGUUCAAUUUUGAAAACACUACAAAACGCCUCUUUCUAAAUUAUUAUCAUUUGUAUUGUAAUGUGUAUUUAUUUAAUAAAACAGUAGUUUAACAUUAUAGGUGACUACUAGGCGUGCAGAAUUAUCAACAGUCUAAUCAAAAGAUGUUGGUAUUAAUGAUUUGAUAACAAACUGACCAAGGGAUUGUAAGAGAAAACACCAUUUACAUUAAAGAUUUAAAUAAUGUAAAUCUGUUGGCUGAUGCAAUAACAUUUUAUUGUUCUGGAAUCGUUACACAAGUAUAUUAUUAUGUAAAUUGUAUGAUAAUCUGUGUGCUGAAUGGUGUGUUCUACAUAUAUCAGUAUACCU